AUGACCCAAGUCUUGUCCUUUGCACCCAGACCCAUACAUGACACGGUGCCACAUUUGCUCAUGGAUCUUGACAGGGCUGUAAUGGUAGGCGGGCCGCAAGGUGUAUUUGCACCUCGACGGUCACCAAGCCCUGGUAGCUCCAGCUUGACCAGAAAACGGGCAGCUUCCCUGAACUCUGCUGACCAAACACAUGGCUUGUAUGAGCAACUGAGCAUCAGCACAUCCGGUACGGCUAUGAAGCCAGAAUCUUCCAGGGAAGCCAUAUGUCUCUGCACACCAACACCAAAAAUACCCCGCCCUCGUAACGCAUUCAUCCUCUAUCGGCAGCAUCACCAGUCGCAAGUGACAGCCGAUAACCCCAAGUUAUCAAACCCGGAAAUUUCCAAAAUCAUUGGCGAGAAAUGGAAACAUGAGAUCGAAAACAUCAAGGAAAGCUGGAAGAAGCUGGCUGAAGAAGAGAAGCAGCGACAUCAGCACCAAUACCCAAACUACAGAUACCAGCCUAGAAGGGGCAGCAAAUCUCAAGGCAAUUGGCCAAAUCCACCGUCUGGAGAAGAGUCUGGUCGUUGCAUGAAAUGCAAUGGACGGACCACCGCCACACCAAGAACACCUUCAACGCCAGUCGCAACACCCCCAUCUGCCAAAAUCGGCCCUCAUGGCCAGCCCACCCUGCCCAGCAUAGAUACUUCGGCGUCUAGGAGGUCGAGUAUGGAAUUAUCGCCCGUCAGCACGCUCCCACUCCCACAUCAUCAACUUCCUCCAGUGAGAGGGUACGAAGAUGACUCGGCCUCACCUGAUGCGAAGCGUCGUCGAGCUAAUGCGGCAGGCAACUACCACGCCGUGGGCCGUCUGCAUGGAACGUUUAGCGAGGUGCCAACCGACCCAAUGCGCACAUCUCCCGAGACUGGUCCCUACCAACCAAUGCGUCCAUACUCUCACGCCUCUCUCCCCGAGCUCAGCACAAUUCCUCGGUCACAUAGCGGGCCAAUGCCGCCGCCGCCACGCCCGCCUGGAGGACCUCCCUGGACAGAACAAGAACCCGUUCGACGUCACAGUGUCUUCGAUGAGUCGCUGAGGCUGCCACCACUGCAAACAGCUGUUUCGCCAUCACCCGUCCGCGCGCAGAUAGAUAUGCGACAGCCGAUACUACCGGCACCAAUGUUUUCCCUGGCUGCUCCUCAAGAAAGGCGACCUAGCAGCGCAGAGGAAGAAGCGGUAUUGGUUCCUUUCAAGCGCAAACUCGAAGCAUUGUCGAGGAUUUCCAGACCUCUUCCUGUUCAUUUAGGCGAGCAAGAUCGAUCGACAGUCGAGCCAAGAGGUGCUGUCAUUGCCGUCGAGGGACCAAGCCCUCGAAUUCUCCGCAGUGUUGGACAAGCGGUUGAAAAGGCGCUGCUUGCCUGCAGCGAAGUGUCACUUCGCACCUGGGUACCAGAUCCGGAAACGAUCGAAACAGGCAGACCGCAACCCAUACCAUCGGAUGUCGGAUUUUCUGCAUACUUGCAUACGAUCCUCUCUUGGCAAGAGAAGUCUAGGCAGAUAGCUGCUCAUGUCAUGCCCAGGAGAGGUGGCGUUUCGGCGACGGAUAUCCGCCAAACUAGAAGCAGGGGCGCAGGCGUUCUUUCGCGGCCAGAGGCACCAGCCGCGUCCGAAAAGGCAGCACUAUCAUCCUUCAAUAUGCCGGUAGCUCUUAUGAAGGAAGGAUAUAGCCUAACGCUUUCAGACAAAUUUGCUUCGAGCAUACCCAAUUGCGACCAAUACUUGCCAGACGAGCACUGGCAAUGGAUGGCGAAUAUGUGGCGUGGGAUACCUAAUGCUGAUUUGGUCAUAUUUGCGCAGCCUAGUGACGAAGACGAAAUCAACAAGUUUGGAGCCGUGGAGAUUGCAAAGCAUAUGAACCUCAUUGUGGUAAGAAUCCCAAGCGGCACGAAUAUUGAUGAAGCGACCGAGCGCCGGAUGGCUUUUGAACUGGUCGAAUGGAUGAGGGAUGGUGGAUUUCGAAACAUCAGACCUCCGAGCCGGAGGGAUGAUUGA